UGUUCCUUUCCUUUUCUUCUUCACCAUACCACUCUUCCCCUUUUAUACAUAACAAAACAAGCAUGGGAUACUUACAAUCCCUUGGCUGUCUCCUUCAAAAUGCAAAGCCUUACAUCGUUGUCAUCUCCCUCCAAUUUGGCUAUGCCGGAAUGAAUAUCAUCUCUGCCAUCUCCCUCAACCACGGUAUGAGCCAUUACGUUCUCGUCGUCUACCGCCACGCCUUUGCCACUGUUGUCAUGGCACCUUUUGCUCUUGUUUUUGAGAGAAAAAUGAGACCCAAGAUUACACUUAAGAUUUUCGCUCAGCUGUUUGUUCUGGCUUUUCUUGGACCACUGAUUGAUCAGAACUUCUACUACUUGGGGAUAAAAAUGACAUCCCCAACUUUUGCAUGUGCCAUAAGCAACACGCUUCCUUCAAUGACAUUCAUCAUGGCACUUCUUUGUAGAAUGGAGAAGUUGGAGUUGAAGAGUGUGAGAUGCCAAGCCAAGGUGUUUGGAACAAUAGUGACGAUGGUGGGAGCCAUGUUGAUGACAUUUUAUAAAGGAAGUGUCAUCAACUUCUUCUGGACUGGGCAUGGCCGCCACCCAAACACACCACCCACGGCGGAUGCAGCGGCGGCGUCCAACCUUCACAACGACGGAAAGGUCAUCAAAGGCUCCAUCUUCCUCAUCAUCGCCACUCUGGCUUGGGCGGCCUUCUUCAUUCUGCAAGUCAUAACCAUGAGAAAAUACACAGCCCAUCUUUCUCUCACCACCAUGGUUUGCUUUUUAGGAACCCUUCAAGCCAUUGUUGUCACCCUCGCCAUGGAGCACCGCCCUCACGCCUGGGCCAUUGGCUGGGACAUGAACCUCCUGGCCGCCGCUUAUGCGGGGAUUGUUUGCUCAGGGUUGGCAUAUUAUCUUCAAGGUUUGGUCAUGAAAACAAAAGGGCCAGUUUUUGUUACAGCUUUUUGCCCUCUGGGGACGGUGAUUGUUGCCUUCAUGGGCUCUCUCAUCAUGGCUGAGAAGAUUUAUGUUGGAGGGAUAAUUGGAGCAGUGCUGAUUGCGGUAGGGCUGUACUGUGUCUUAUGGGGUAAAUGCAAGGGUGUUGAAGACACUGCUGAAGCAGUGAAAGGUGAAGAAUUGCCUGUCAAAAACGAAGCCAUUGAAGCAACUCAAAAGAAGGAAGCUUUGGCCCUUAGUAUUCCACCCACCAUGGAGAAGAAGCUUCAACACACUAAUCACCCAAACUAAGAAUAAAAAAGACAGAAUCCUGAAGAACAAUAACAGAGAAAUGGCCAAGAAAAAGGGAGGGGAGGAAGGUUAAUACAAUGGUAAUGAACUUAUCAUUUACAAAUCAAUUUGAAUAUAGCUCGAUAAUUAAAAACAGCAAUUACUAUUACGUAUUAUCAAAUUUUUUUCUUCAUUCAACUCGGAUAUUUCUUUCAAUUCAACUAAUCGAUGGUUCUACACAGGUUGUGACAAUUAUUGAACAAAAAGGUGGAAGAUUCCACUAAGCUGGUUGUCUUUUGAGUGGCAGAUUCCUAAUUGUCACUAAACAGCAUAAUAAUCUCUUUUGUUCUUUAAUGUUAAUAAUAUAACCAACUCCAACUCUGUGUUUUUUAGGAUUAAGAUCACUUAGGUCAUCACCACCUCCCAUCAUUCUUCCUGUGGCCUGUUUUUCGUAUCAAUAAUUUGAGAGCUUUAAUUCUAAAUAAGGGCAAAGAUCAAGUUGAUUAGAAAGAGAGUGAAUCGUUUAGCAGUACGAAUGAAAGGAAUAAGGAAGUAUGGUGUUAUUAUUGUUUGGGUCGGAUAGAGUCUACCUGCUAACUGACCCAACUCGAACCAAUUUGGUUUUGCAAAUAAUAAAUACGAGUAAAUAUAA